AGUACAAAUUGAUACAUUAGAAUAUAAUUUUAGUUGAUUAACAUCUAAUAGUAAACUUAAAAUACUGUUAAAAGGUUGCUGAAAAUUAGUAUGUACUUGUUUAAAUGUGUAAGCAUAUUAGCAUUCAUAGGAAAAAUUUUAGUGUUUUCUAUAAUUUUUCCUCUUGAAAUCUUUAAUUUUGGUUAGCUUUUGACAGUAAAAUUGUUAAAUCUUGUGCAUGAGGUCACACAGUACUUGAAUUCAUGUGUACAAGUGGACAUUCUGGUUUUGUUUCUUAAAGCUAUCAUGCUGACACACCCUUUUUGUUUACCUAUUUAAUGUAAAGUGUCUUUUAUGUUUAUAAAGGAUCUACUGGAAUUAGUGGUUCAAAAAAGUUCCGCUAUAAAAUGUGAUUAAUAGAGAAACUCACUUAAAAAAUUGUUAACAUGAGGAGCUAGGGCUGUAGCUUAAUGGUAGAUAUCUUGCCUAGCAUGUAUGAGGCCCUGGGUUGGAUCCCUGGCACUAAAAAAAAAAAAAAAAAGAAAAAAAGAAAAAAACCUAAUGUGUAAUGGAGUUGUGUGGAAAUCUGUGGAAUUAAGGAACGUAAAGUAUUUUUGUGGAGCAUUUGCUUGACCAAAAAAUAUUCAGAAUUAGCAAUAGAGUGAAACCUGAUUAUUGAUGUCCAAACUAUUUGUUUUGUUUUGUAUUUUGCAAUACUGAGGUUUGAACCCAUGGUCUCAGUACAUGCUAGGCAAACACUACACUGAGCUACAUCCCCAGUCAUUUUGAUUUUAUUAAAAUAAACUUAGGGUCUUACUUAGUUGCCCAGGCUGGCCUUGAACUUGUGAUACUCCUGCUUCAGCCUUCUUAAUAGCUAAGCUAUUUGCUAAGCUAUUUGGUUUUCGAUUUUGAUUCCUAUAUGAUUGCCUUCCAUUUCAGUUCAGGUAGUUUUGCCCUUUAAAGAAAAAUUGCUUAUUCAUUAUCACUAUAAUGAAGAACAUAUUAAAAUAUUAAUAAGUGAAAAGAUUUAAUAAAAUCAUUUUGAAUAAAAGAAAAAUGAUAUACUGUUGAUCCUCACUAUUCACAAAUUCUAUAUUUUUGAUCUGCUAACUAAAAUGUAUUUGUAACUGCCACAUCAACACUUCAGUACCACUUUUAUAGGCAUUCCUGGACAAAUGCAAAGCAGUGAAAAUUUUGAGUAGUGUCACAUGCAUGUUCCUAGCUGAUGUCAAACAAGGUGAUGCUGCCUUCUUGUUUUAGUUCUUGUGUUAUAAACAAAUAUCUUUUUCACAUUCUAUUUAGUGCCACAUUUUCCACAUUUCUGUGUGUUAGUGAGUGACUUUGCUGAUUAAAUGGUCCCUAAGCUGAGUGCUGAAGUGCUAUGUAGUGUUCCAAGGUUCAAGAAGGCUGUGAUGUGCCUUACAGAGAAAACAGUUUUGUGUGAUUAGCUUCAUUCAGGCUUGAGUUACAGUGCUAUUGACUGAGUUCACAGUAAAGGAUGAGCAGUAUAAAUGUCUUACAAAUGGAAACACAGAUAAAGAUUACAUGUUGAUGGGUUAGCAAGAAUCUUGUGCCCAGAGGCUCACAGGAACCUAACCCUGUAUUUCCUCUGGGAAUAAUGGUUCAGUAGUCAACAACAGUAAAGACUCUAUUGGACAUAAUUACCAUGGAUAAUGAGAAUCGAUAGUAUUACCUCUUAAGUAAAAAUCCAGUUUACAGAAUGUUACGUGUGGGGGCAUUAUACCAUAUUCUUUUGUCUUGGUUAGCUUAAAAUAGACUUGAGUAUAAAGGUUCUAAAAUUAAUUUAUGGCUAGAUGUUACAAAAUCAAAUUUGGUAUGCAACUUAAAUACAAUUCAUCUGUAUUUUUCUUUAGAAAUGGUAAUGUUCGUCCUAUGUUGUAGCACUUAACUGCUUUCAGCUAAUCUAAGGAAGAUUUGUAGUAAAAGAAUGUUGAUACAGAAUUUAUAAAUUGAACUAUCAUCAUUUUCUCUCUUUAAUUCAUAUCCAUUUUGCUCCCCCAGACUCUUUUGAAAAAGGGAAAUGAGAUAAAAUAAAAAAUGAGAGGGCAUAGGGGAAGUAAGAAAAGGGAAGAUUGCAAAAGGUAAAGUUAACACAUGUAAUGUUUGCCUUCUCUUAAUGAAGUUGAUGUUAAGCAUUAUAGCAACCAGCGUAAAGUGGAAGAUAAAAGAUUCAAUGUUCAUAAAACAAACCAGAAAUCACCUUUGCUCCAGAAUCAACAAACUCUUCGCCUAAGAUUGGUUCCUGUGUAUCCCAUGUUUAUAAGUCAGUGGAGUCAAGCCCUAAACACACAAGCUGAAAAGUCAAAUAAGGGAAUGAAUUCUUUCUUUUGACAGUUUUUACUUGUUAAACCCAAUUACUAAAUUGGCUCAGACAGAAAAGUGAAGAGAAUGCUCCGUUUUAACCGAUAUCAGCAUCUGAAACAGAUAACACAAAAAUGUGUUUCUAGUAUACAUGUUAAAACAGAUAAACAUACACCACUAUUUCUUUCAAGAACCUUUGCACUCACAGAAUUAAGGAAGUCAUGGUGUUCAACCCACUCUCUUUUGGGAGACAAAAAUAUUAUCCUAAUGGGACCUCCUGGUGCUGGAAAAACAACAGUAGGCAAAAUAAUAGGGCAGAAACUAGGUCGUUGUGUCAUAGAUGUGGAUAAUGAUAUUCUUGAAAAAACUUGGAAUAUGAGUGUGUCUGAAAAAUUACAGGAUGUUGGCAAUGAGCAAUUUUUAGAAGAGGAAGGAAAAGCUGUGUUAAACUUCUCUGCAUCUGGAAGUGUGAUUUCCCUCACUGGGUCCAAUCCCAUGCAUGAUGCUAGCAUGUGGCAUCUAAAGAAAAAUGGCAUAAUUGUAUACCUGGAUGUACCCCUAAUGGAUAUAAUUAGCCGUCUAAAAUUAAUGAAGAUAAAUAGAAUUGUAGGUCAGAAUUCUGGAAUGUCUAUGAAAGAGUUACUUAAGUUUAGGAAACAGUAUUAUAAGAAGUGGUAUGAUGCUCGAGUUCUUUGUGAAAGUGGGGCUUCCCCAGAGGAGAUAGCUGACAAAGUGCUGAAUGAAGUUAAAAGGUACCAAGAUGUGGACUCAGAAACAUUCAUUUCAACAAGGCAUGUUUGUCCUAAAGACUGUGAACAGAAGGUUUCAACAAAAUUCUUUAGCGAAGCUGUGAUUGAGGGCUUAGCUUCUGAUGGUGGACUGUUUGUUCCUGAGAAGGAGUUCCCAAAAUUAAGCUGUGGGGAGUGGAAAAACCUAGUAGGAGCAACCUAUGUAGAAAGAGCACAGAUACUCUUGGAAAGGUGUAUACAUCCUGCGGACAUACCUGCUGCCAGAUUGGGAGAAAUGAUUGAAACUGCUUAUGGUGAAAACUUUGCCUGCUCAAAAAUUGCUCCCGUCAGGCACCUUUCAGGCAACCAGUUCAUCCUGGAGUUGUUUCAUGGGCCAACAGGAUCAUUUAAGGAUUUAUCUUUACAGCUUAUGCCUCAUAUUUUUGCACACUGCAUUCCACCAAGUUGCAAUUAUAUGAUACUUGUAGCUACUUCAGGAGACACAGGGAGUGCAGUCUUAAAUGGUUUUAGUCGUCUUAGUAAGAAUGAGAAGCAAAGAAUAGCUGUGAUCACAUUUUUUCCUGAGAAUGGAAUAAGUGAUUUUCAGAAAGUACAAAUAGUUGGCAGUCAGAGAGAAAAUGCAUGGGCAGUGGGUGUCAAGUCAGAUUUUGAUUUUUGCCAGACAGCUAUAAAAAGAAUUUUUAAAGAUUCUGAUUUCACUGGCUUUCUUACUGUGGAGUAUGGAACAAUAUUAAGUUCAGCUAAUUCCAUAAACUGGGGACGACUGCUUCCUCAGGUAGUUUACCAUGCUUCUGCCUAUCUUGAUCUCGUUAGCCAAGGGUUUAUUUCUUUUGGAAGCCCGGUAGAUGUCUGUAUUCCCACAGGAAACUUUGGAAACAUAUUAGCAGCAGUGUAUGCCAAGAUGAUGGGAAUCCCUAUUCGAAAAUUUAUCUGUGCCUCCAAUCAGAACCAUGUUUUGACCGAUUUUAUAAAAACAGGACAUUAUGAUCUAAGGGAAAGAAAAUUAGCUCAAACUUUUUCACCAUCAAUAGAUAUUCUCAAAUCCUCAAACCUGGAGCGACAUUUACACUUGAUGGCUAAUAAAGAUGGGCAGUUAAUGACAAAAUUAUUUAAUCAGUUAGAAAAUCACCAUCACUUCCAAAUUGAAAAGAUUCUAGUUGAGAAACUUCAGGAGGAUUUUGUGGCUGACUGGUGCUCUGAAGGAGAGUGCCUAGCAGCUAUCAAUUCUACCUAUAAUGCUUCAGGAUAUAUUUUGGAUCCACACACUGCUGUUGCAAAAGUGGUUGCAGACAGAAUGCAAGACAAAACUUGCCCAGUGAUUGUCUCAUCUACAGCUCAUUACUCAAAGUUUGCACCUGCUAUUAUGCAGGCUUUAAAGAUAAAAGAAAUCAACCAAACUUCAUCAAGUCAGCUUUAUUUAUUGGGUUCAUACAAUGCAUUACCUCCACUACAUGAAGCUUUAUUAGAGAGAACAAAACAGCAAGAGAAGAUGGAGUAUCAGGUUUGUUCAGCUGAUAUAAAUGUCCUGAAGAGUCAUGUGGAAAAACUAAUCCAAAAUCAACUCAUAGGAAGGUUUUCUGGGUAGAAUAUUUUUUCCUGGUGAUAAGCAUGCAAUAAUAAAUCUCAAAAGUUGAUUUGGAGUACAACAGCAUUUGUUUCUAUGUAAAUGUAUACAUAUAUAUGUAUAUAUAUUUAUCUGUUAAUUUUUGGAACUUCAGUAGCCUAAUUUCCAGGACCGAUCAUUAUACCUACAUAUACCUCCUUCAAUCCUUAAUCUAGAAGUGACAAAUGGUGGCAAAGUACAUGGAACCUUGUGCUAUCAUGCUUUGCUUUGUGCUCUUGAGGGCUAUAUCAGUUUCUGCUCCCUCAUCUCCACUUUUUAAAUGGACCAAAAUGUAUUCAGUUUUGCAAUUAAAAAUAUUUAAGCACAAUUGUUAAGUACUACGCUUGUGACCAUUUACUAUUUCUCUUUUGGCUAGAAAGUUUUUAUUGCUCAAAAUACCUAACUUGUUUGGAGGAAUUAGUAAGUUCAUCUAUUAAGGUUAAGGCAAGUAUUUUUAACCAUUUUUAAACUCCAUUUUGAACUUGAAUUAAUUGUGUGUUUCCUACAAUUAUCUAAUUAGAUAAGUGUUCUGCCCUUCACUCCCCUUUGACUAUUUAUAGUUUGGAGGAAGAAAUUUGAAAAGCAAGACAGUAUUUAAAUCCAGGAUGUAACAGUCAACAGAAGUACUUAGAAGUGGAUAUAGAAAUAAAAUUACCUAUUUCAAGAGGUCAGUUCUCCAAAAUUAAGUGUUAAUACAGGUAUAGGUAUUUUUAUAGACAGCAGCUUUCCCAUAUUAUUGGAAUCCAUUUCUGUAUAAUUGAUCUAUUAACCCUUCAGUAAAAUGUUUUGUUUUCUGUGUUUUUCUUGUUUUGUGGCAGCUACACAAACACUAAUACACAUUUAAUUUGCACUACUAUGUAGAGACAAUAGAUUUAACUAAGAUUUAUAUUUGCAAAUUUACUAGAUAUUUUAUUUCUGAAUUAAAUAUUGUCACGGAAAGGAUCCAUUUGUGUAUGGGCUACUCUCAACCACAAGAUGGCAUGCCUAACAUAAUUUGUCUUUGUGAUAACAUUUGUGCCUCAUUUUCUGGGAGGACCACCUCCAUGAAGAAAUGAUAUUUAAAAGUUGUAAUGAUGAAGUUUCACCAGGAGCAAUUUUUAGAAAGUGUUAAAUUAUGUUAACAUCAGAUCUCUUGACUUUACUUCUAAAAUGGAAGUUAUAAAGCCAAAAAUAGAAAUUCAGCAAAAUAAUGGAAGUUUCAAAGUUCUGCACAUAUUCAUGUUAGUGUUUCUCCUCCCCCCCCCACAUACCUUUUUUUUUUCUUUUUCUGGUGGUACUGAGAAUUGAAACCCAGAACCUGGCACACACUAGGUAAGCACUCUACCAGUGAGCUCUAUCCCCAGUUUUUUUAGACAAGCUCUCACCAAGUUGCCAAGACCGACCUUGCAUUUGUGAUCCUUCUACCUCAAACUUCUCAGUAGCUGGGAUUUGCACCACCACUCCUAUGUGUAUUCAUUACUUUAUAAUUUAAAGAUAUUUGUUUCAGUAGAUGAUAUGUUUAGAAUAUGCAUCUGAAUGUUCACUGUGUGUGUGAGAGUGCUCUAUUUUCCUGGAAGUGGAAAUGACAGUGAAAGAAGCCUGAUUUUUGCCGUGAAGAACUGUACUUAACAAGAGAACACAAACAUGGAAUUGUGCAACACUAGACUUACUGCAAGAUAAUAUAUGAAUAAGUGAAAAUUGAGUGAUACUGCCGAUUGCUAAAAAAAGUUAAAGGAAAGGGUUGUUAAGGAAUGAUCAGAAAAGGUUUCAUGGAGGACAUUCUGAAAUGAGGCUUGAAAUGGGAAGAUUUUCUAGGUGAAGAAAGGGAAACAUUCUAGACGAAGGUCAUGUUAGCAGGGGAGGUAAAAUGGUAAAGCCCACCAGCAUUUAUUUGUGGUUAGUUUGCUCUUUCACUCUUCAAAAUGGUCAUUUCAUGUCUCCACUUUUUCUUGAAACUGUCCUUCCACUUUCAGCCAAUAACCUUGCUUCAUUUCAGAGGAAAAAGUUAUUGUGUAUAACAUCUCUUAGCCUUCCCACAUCAAGUGUAUAAAUCUGCUAUACUUAUUAGCAUCCUUUCCUUCUUCCUUUCAAUGAAUUUGGUAGCAAUCCUCCUCCUUUCAGAGAGCAGUCUCUUCAGAUGUGCCUUGUAACUUGUUCCCUUCAACUCAGAUUAUUUGCUUCAGCUUCUCUUCAACUUCUCCCAUCCAGUGGAACCUUCCUGUGGCUUUUAGAUGCUCUCUGCAUUAAGAGCAAAACUUCUCAACACCCACAUUUCCCCCAUCUAUUUUUCUUUAUAUCCCAACCAAAAUUAAGCUCUUCAAAGAGUUGUCUCCAUACAGGGUUUCCAUUUUCUUCUUAUUUCCUCCACAGUGUAUAAAAUGUGAACAGUUUAAAGAUGAAUAAUAAAUACCUAAGUACUCACCACCUCCUGAGCAGUGAAGAAUAGAACAUCACUCAGACAUUUGGUUCCUGCUGUGGUUUCUGUUUGAUUACAUUCACUUUUCUCCUCCAGAGUUAACCACUAUCUAAAUUGAAUCAUUCAUUUUUUAAAAAAUAGUUUUAUUUUGUUUUAGUUUUGACUCUCUGAAUUUUAUCUAAAUGGAAUCAUACUGUAUGCAUGAUUCUGGGACCUUUAUUUUAUUUAGAAACUUUCAUCCGGUAAGAUGAAUCAAGCCAUGGUUCAUUGAUUUUUAUUUUUAAAUAAUAAUCUGUUGUGUGAAUGUCACUACCUAUUUCCCAGUUAGUGGGCAUUUUGUCUAAUUUGUAUCUUUUAAAGAUGAACUUUUGUAAAAUUUGUGUUGAAGGUUAGUGAAUAUGGACUUUCAAUCAUUUGUGAUUCUUUUAAUAACAGGUAAAACUAGUUUUCAGAUCUUGACAUUAAAAGUAUAUGGGUUAUUUAUGAAAUGAGUCAUCAAUUUUCAGUCUGUGGUUUAAUUGUAACUUUUACUAUCUUUGAAAUUAUUUUACAAUAUCUAAUGUAGUGAAUUUGUAAGAUUUUUGAGAAACAUGAAAAUUUUAAUUACAUAUUUUGGAAAUCAUAAAAUAUUUCAAUCAAAAUAGAGUUAAGACAAUAAAUUGUACAAGGUUUCAGAGUUUAAUUGCAAUUCAUUUUCAGAAGUAAUCAUGGAUGACAUUUAUUGUUUCUCUGAAUCCAUUAAAUCAUUUGUAAACAUUUUAUAAUUCAGACUACUUAAUGUAAGUUUAAAAAAAGUAACUUUUCAUGUGAACAUGAAAAUAUUAUAUUGUUUUUGUCUCCAUCCAGGAAAUUGAAUAAAAUCUACCUAUGAAAUA